CCCUUCACAAACAUUGAAUGAUAGCGUGUUGCAAUUGCGAAUAAUUUGUGGCGUUGGCAUAUGAAAUUGGGAAGAGUCUGUGCCUAGGUGCUCGGUUGUGAUUGAUGUUAAAAUUGCUUGUGGGUGGAUCCACCCAUAACAAUUAUUGCUUCGUGGAGUCUCUUUCUCGAGUGUGUGUUGGGUGAAAUGGUGCCGAAAGAAAACUACAUAAAGUGGUUACAUGUUUCGUUAAUGGCCAGGAAGUGAAUCUUUGGAAAAAAUUACACAUCAUCCUAUGAUUAAACCGUUCCGAGGAUUCCCAGGAUAAUCGUGCCUCCCACCCGCUCCCAAUCUUCGCCAGCCAAAUAAAACACAAAUUAGCAGUCAUGGUCCAGCCAACUAUUUCCCGCUUGGACUUUGGCAUCUUUGCCUUGCCGUUGGCCGUACCAGCUUUUAUUGCCAUCUAUUUCGGACUAAUUCGGAAACAAAAGGAUAAUAAUGCCUAUUUGGUGGGAAAUCGGAGCCUAUCCGCCCUUCCCAUGAGUUUCUCAUUGGCCCUGAGUUUCCUCACCACAAGUAUUGUUAGUGUCAUUCCUGGCGAUGCUGCUUACUUUGGAACAAUUGGACCAUGGACAAUGAUGAUAAGUUCCUUGUUUGGUGGCAUGAUUGUCAUGCUUUUGAUCCCCAUAUUCUACAAGAUGAAGUUGAAUAGUGUUUAUGAGUAUCUGGAAUUGAGAUAUCAAUCUCAAUUGGUCCGUCAACUGGGCUCGCUCACUUUCAUUCUUUCGAUGACGGCUCAUCUUGGAUUUGUUCUGUACCUACCCAGCGAGACACUUGGAAAUAUCUCGGGUUUGCCUCCCUAUGCUUUUGUGGUCAUGAUUGGGAUGGUGGCCACAUUGUACACCAUCAUGGGCGGAGUUCAAGCCAUAAUGUGGAGUGAUGUCUUCCAAUUUAUAUUGGUUGUUUCCAGCCUACUGACCAUCGUGGCCAAAGCUGCCGAUCAAGUAACAGGUGGAUUGGCUGAGGUGUGGCACAUAGGCGUAUCUUCCCAACGUAUCGAUUGGGCCAAUCUCGAUCCAUCUCCUUUUGCCAGAACCACCACGUGGAUUGUAUUAUUUGGCAACACGGUCCUCUGGACAACUCGGUUUGGCUGUCACCAGAGUCAAGUCCAAAAGUUCUGCUCGGUGAUGUCAUUGAGUCAAGCACGGUGGACAGUUGGCCUUGCCAUUAUUCUAUUUUGGAUAGUACAAGGAAGUGCUACUUUGACAGGAUUAGCCAUUUAUUCCAAUGUGUGGAAUUGUGAUCCUUUAUCGAACGGAACCAUUGAGAGUCCCAGUGAAUUAACCAUCAAUUACGUGAUAAAUCACCUCCGGCAACUACCAGGGCUUCUUGGCCUACUCAUGGCCAGCAUGAUGGCUGCCACUCUUGGAACAUUCACCUCAGGCAUUCAUUCCCUUUCUGCCGUGAUUUGGGAGGAUCUCUUGUUCCAAUUUCCGCAAUUCCAGUCCGCAAAUGAGAAGCAGCAGCUCGAAAUUACCCGGACUAUUAGUGCCAUAAUGGGUAUUCUGGCCAUUGGACUUUCUUUUUCAUGUCUUCAUCAAGACUUGAUGGUGACUGUUGGGAGUCUGGCCUUGGGAGUGGCAGCGGGACCUUUGGCAGCCUUAUUCUUACUCGGAUUUUUUACCGCCACUACCAAUAAAUUUGGCUGCUUCUGCGGCUUUGUUGCGGCCAAUGGGGUGACGAUCUGGCUACUGAUCGGCUCUGUUCUGUGGGACGAUGCAAUCAAGCUAGCUCAAGAGAAAUCUCCCUCUUUCGAUACCCUGGAUACAUUUGACUUUGGUUGUAUCGAAUCAGAGGUCAAUCAAUCAUCUACAAUUGACAAGAUCUUCGCCGAACACGCCACCUCCAGCAACGAGUUCUUUUACAUCCCAAUUGGGGACUGGGAGAUCGUGUUAUACUCAACCAACCCGAACCUUUAUCCCUUUAUCGGUUUCCUCAUUUGUCUGAUCUUCAGUUUGAUCGUGAGUUUGCUCACCCACUUGUGCUUCCAACAAAAGCCGGUGGAACAGCUAUUAUUGCAUCCGUGGGCCCGGUUCAAAGAGGAAAAGGAAAUGGGUGGGUCACUCCUCCUCAAGCAGUCCCACCAAAGACAUUACAUCACGCCCAAUUUAGCCGACAAGGGGCUUUACAACGAAGCGUGGCAAAUGGAUGAUCCCAUCGACACGCACUACCGUUGGCCAAGUCCAUCCCUUCCACCUACACUAAAGAAAAAGAACAAAGCACAACUUAUUCGGGGGAAUAACAUUAACAUUGCCCUGGACCCCAAACUCGAGGAUACUGCUUACCCAAAGCAAGACCCGUCGUCGAGUGAGGGAGAAAUGAGUCAGCAGAGUUUGGCUACGUCCAAAGAGGAAUUCAGUCAUACUCCCACCACCAUGAGCUCGAUCCAUGGAUAUGUCGUCCCUCAUAAGACUUUUAGUCGGCAAAACGUGAUUAACGCUUGUGAGGCCGCUUGUGUUGGGGAUAUCGAUGAUAAAUCUUCGUGUAGGUCCAGUUCCAGUGCUCAAAAUGAUCUGGAUGAGAUAUUAAGUUGUUCAUCAAGUGUAGAACUGGACGCCUUUGGAGACGUGGUUCCAAUUCAUUUGAGGAAACCAAAGGUCAAGAAAGUGACAGACCCGAAGAUUGGAAAAAACUCGGCCGAUUCCCUUCCCCUCCAAAAAUCUCAGGACCCGUCUGUAGAUGCAGAAGGCGAGGACGAAGAUGGAUGGACCACAGACUUCUAAUGUUUUGAGAAUGUACACAAACCAAAGCUAGUCAUGAAUAAUAUUUAUUAUUCCAUCAUAUUGGCUUUGUCCUUCCGUGAAUCCUCAGAUCGUUGCCUAUGACUCACCAAAA